AUCGUAGUUCUUAGUAGUUCUUAGUGUUAUCGUCUCAUUUGUCAGUCCUCAUUUGGAACAAAGAAUCUGUGAAGAAAAUCUAACAUUCGAGUAUCAGACCAUUGAGUCUGGUUUUAGCACAUCAAGAUUUAUUCAACAUGUCGAGUGGGACCAACAAUGAUCCCCGGAAGGCGAAAUCAGGAAUAGGAAAAGUACCUUCACAGGGUUCCACGAGUGCUCCUGUGAUGAAGGGCAAGUUGGGACUUGAUUCAGCCUCAGGAAAUCCCCCUGGGGAUGAUGCAGUGCCCUCAGACAAUAACUUCAAGGUCUACGUGAAAGUCAAACCCCCUCCCAAGGGCCUGAAACUCGUUCCCUCACAGGUAAAGCUAUUUCAAGUAGCAAAUCCUGCCAUUAUCGUGGAUUUAUCAGACGCCCAUCAGGAUAAGACUAAAAAUGUGGAUGUCGUGGGGAAGAGAUUUCAAUACCACGGAGCUUUUAGUGCUAAGGCUACACAGCAAGAGGUUUUUGAACAAGUGGUAAAGCCACAUGUAGUCGAUCUCCUCGCGGGAAAGAAUGCAACUGUCAUGGCUUAUGGUUCUCGAAAUUCAGGAAAGACUUAUACCCUCGAAGGAAGCUCCAACGAUCCAGGAUCAAUCCUGAGAACUUUGGCGAUGAUUGUCGAACAGGAAGAGAUUGCCGGUACUCCCAAUUACAAGCCUAUAAGCUACAAAAAAAUCAAACCUCUGGAUGAUGAAAGGAGAAACUCCGAAAGAGAAAUAAAGGACCAAGUUUUCUCCCCUUUGGAUGAUGCGCACGUGAAGUCGUUCUCAAAGGUCUUGAAAGCAAUGGAGGAAGAGUGGACCUUUCCCAUGGGCGUCAAGUCUGGGCCACAAUGCGAGAUUUGGUUGUCCUAUUUGGAAAUUCGAAAUGAAAAGUACUACGAUCUGCUAUCACUUGACUAUCACACGCAUCAGUCACCACUAUUGUUCACUAAAGAUUCCAGGGGACAAAUAUUUGUUAAUGAUCUGACCCAGCUGCAUGUGAAAUCUGUUGCUGAUGCUCGUAAUGUACUCACAAUUGGUCGGUAUAAUCUUCAAAGAAUUUCGUCCAGACUGAAUCUGAAGCCAUGGAAAUCUCACUGCAUUUUGACUAUUACUCUGCUGAGAUAUAAGGAGUUGAACCAACCGAAGAAGGUGCAAAUGAGCAGAUUGUCAUUCUGCGAUCUGGCUGCCCACGAUGAGUGUUUCACUCUGGACAUGAGUCUACUGGCGCUCCUGAAAUCCCUGCGAAAUUACUACGAUACGCGCCUGCACCCCGUCCCAAAACCCACUGAGGAAUUCACCUUCUCGAAGCUCACAUGCCUCUUCAAGAAAUCCCUGACAGGUGCUUCCUCAUUCUCUUUCAUUACCCACGUGAAUCCCGAUCCGGGAAUGUACAAGAAUAGCCACACAAGCCUCCACUUCACAGCACUUCGUACAGAAAUUCUCACCAAAGUCAGAAACAUAAGGCCUUCUCAAUACCUGAAUAGCGUACGAAAAAUGACCCUCGAAAGUGUGGAAGACAUCACCGAGUGCGAGAAUCUGACUGGCGAGCAGGCAAUGGAUCUCAUCACAACCUUCAAGGACGAUCUGUCAGCCUAUAGCAGAAUAAACCUCAAAACGAGAACAGAGAUCAAUAAGAUUAUCCUCCAACACUAUACUUUAAUGUUAUGCAAAAUGGAACAAUGUAUCCUGAAGCAGCAGGAGCUCCUGUCAAAUCGUGGAGAUGAUCCACAUGAGAGGCAGAUGCGCCAGUUUGCCUUAGACCAGAUGAAGACUAUUUUAGAAUGUCUCCAGGAGGGGAACACCGCGACAAAGUUAGAACUAGAUAACGACGAGAUUGAAUUCGAAAAAGUAGGGCGACUGCCCGCAGAAUUGAGGAUAAAAAUACCAGAGGAAGUUGAUCCUGCGGUUAUUCUGCUAAAAGCCGCUCGAGUAAGAAAACAAGAGGAUAAGAAGAUAGAGGACCUCAGGAAGUUGUUGAAUGAAUCUAAAGAUCAACUGUCAUUAGCUUUGCAUAAUAAUUCAGAAGCAGAGGCAAGACUGGGAACUGUUGAGAGGCGAUACGUGGCACUCAAGGUGAAGAACGACAUGGAUGGAAUGCUCAAUCAGCAUACCCGGACUAUCCUCAACGAGCAGGAUGAGACUUUGACGAGGUAUAGGCUCCUGUGGGAGCAGUACAAUGCAUAUAAAGAAAAGGAAAUUUCUGAGAUCGAGCCAAAAAUGUCCUUUGAGGAUUGGUUGGAGACGGAGAACCUGCGGAAAGUUGAUGCAGAAUUCGAUGCUAACGCGGAUAAUCCUACAGUUGUUCACGGAGAAGGAACUGUUGAAGAAGCUUGGAAAUCUACACUUGAACAACCUGAUGAAGGUGAUGAUGGAAUAAGGAGUGGAAAUCUAAGAGUCGAUACACCUCAAAAUAAAUCAACAAAUUCCACAGCGAUAAUCGAGGAUUUGACCGUGAAACAGGUAGACGAUUGUGCUGACGAAAUGCAUCUGAAUAUCAUGAGAGAAUUGAAAGCUGAGUUCGACGUCUCCAAGAGUCCGAUGAGAACCAGUGAUUCUGAAAAAGUUGCGACAGACGUUUCUGAUGCAAUUGCUGACAAACCGACUGGUGAUCCAGGAACUUCAAAAUCGUUUGAAGCCCCUGGACCCAGUUCAAUGGAUAUUCCUUCAGCCGGAGAAUUGAUGAUGUUUGGAACUGAAGUUGAACCUACCCCUGGAGUCUCAACACCUUAUCAAUCCCUUACUCCUGGGACAAGUAAAUCUAUUAAAACUGAGGUAAUCAACCUACACGCGACAAAAGAUUCUCUGGAAAAUGUCGAGCUGAAGAUGGAAACCUUGGAGGAAUUGAAGGAAACACCUGCAACACUCGUGGCCGAGGACCUUUCGAAGGGCCUGCAAGACGCCAAAAAUCAGGCUGAGAAUUUGGAAGAGGUGAACCCGUCUGAUCCACCCCCUGCGGAUGAUUCCACUAACGACACAACUCCUUCCCAUAAGUCGGGCACCUACCAUUCCACGACAGACAUGGAGUCUUCAGAGGAUGCUGAAGGGUCAGAUGACACCUAUAUGCCACGAAGGCAAAGCAAAAGAAUCAAACUCGCUAAUGAAAAACAAGGGAGAACAAAGCGGACGGCUGAGUCUCUUGAAAUAUCUGAUAAUGAAACUGCCAGCACAUCUUCAUCACAAAAUUGUGCUAUGGGAGAUGAUGAUGCUCCUGGUACUUCCUUGAGGAGGAGCAGACGACAAAAAAAUAAUACACAACGACACGUUAGUCCUGAGGAAUCAUUGAAAUCGCGGAGAAGUAAACGAUUGAAUCCGCCAACAUUAUGUUACAAGUGUAAUGUUACUAUUUUUGAACGUUCCGUGUAUCAUUGCUACGUUUGUCAAAAGAAAAAAAACAAGAUGUGUCUCGACUGCUUUAAGAAAUAUGGACAUGAGCAUUUGAUGCAGCUAAUGACGAUUUAGUUUAAUGUUUUGAAUUUCAAUCGGAGAAUUAAUCGUAUUUUUGUUUAGUUAUGUCGUUUUUUAAUGGAGAGUCUUCGUAUGUUUGUCAUUGUUCAUGUAGUAUUUACAAAUUGACGAGAUGAAAAAAUUUAUAAGUAUGUGAAACGGGUAUAUAUAGAAAUAUUUUUUUGUGGACAAUUUUCUAAUUCAGAAAUAAAAACCUCAGGGAAUUUAGCUUAUAGGAGUAAUGUGAGGGAUACACUUUUAAUUUCAUUCACCGGACAGCGAGGAAAAAUAACUUAAUUUUAAUAAUUAAUUGUAAACCGAGGUAGACGUUCGAAAAUCGAUAGGAUGUCACAGGUGCAAUAUUUCUAUUCUAUCACAAGACGACUAAAAAGAUUUGUAGAAGAAUUAUAAAAAAUUUUCAAUGUCAUUUAUACGAAAAAGAUAAAAUAAGUUAAUUUCAAUGAUUAAUAAACAUUUACAGACUGACAAUCAACGAUUUUCUGAAAUUUUCAAACAUUAUUUUACUGUGUACUAUUAAUCAAUAUAUUGAAAAGCAAAUUUAAUACUUUUGUAAACAAUAAAAUUCAUUUACUUUUUGGAA